UAAAAAAUUUUUGCCAAAACUGUGACACCGAAAUUGCGAUAAAAAUCAUGAAGUAUUGUCACCAUUAUGUUGGACAAAAUUGCAUAGAUAAAAACAUAGAUUUUACUAAGUGUCCAGUAAAAAAUUGUGAACAAAGUCAUGAUCAUUCUUCGGAAAAUGACGAUGAAAAAUUAUGCUGUAGCUGUCUCUUAGUAAAACCAUUGACAGUAACAUUAAAUCCUUGCUGUCAUGAAAUGUGUAAAGACUGUACUGAUGAGCAAACACUACAGAAUACUAAUGAUUGUCCAUUAUGUAAAGAAAAAAUAGUAUAUUUUGAAAAUAUAAACAAUGAAAAAUUAUGCUGUAGCUGUCUCUUAGAAAAACCAUUGCCGGUAACAUUAAAUCCUUGCUGUCAUAAAAUGUGCAAUGAUUGUGCCAAUGAGCUAACAGUACAAAAUAUUACUAAUUGUCCAUUAUGUAGAGAACAAAUAGUACUUUUUAAAAAUAUAAAGUUAAUAGAAAGAUGUGCAUGCAAACAAGAACUCCAAAGAGUAGUCUUGCAACCUUGCCAUCACAAAAUAGGAAUAGCAUGUGCUAAUAUUAUAAGUAAUAAAAAAAACUAUCAACCCAAGUGUCCAAUAUGCAGCAAAAAAGUUCUACAAUUCUAUACCGAUGAACCUCACAUAAAUAAAUCAUUAAAUCCGUCAUAUUUAAGACGUAUGAAAAAUGUAAUGUUGUAUUAUUUGAACAUACAAAAAUAAUAAUUGAAAAUGAUAUUUAAUAGUAUGAAGAAUAUAGUGAAACAUGAAGGAAAUUUUAAAGGAUUUUAUUGCACUACUAAGUAUAUUAUAAUAUCAAUAAUUUAUAGUUUAAUUAUAUUUAACAAAUGUAAUAUUUAUUACAUUAAUGAAAGUAUAUUUUAAUAAAAACAAUGUAUCUAAUCAAUGUUACUUUAAAAAAAACAUAAAAUAACACAAAUAUUUUAUUUAUAUAAAAAUUAUUUAAAUGAAAAUUUAGGAACCACUCCCUUAAAUAUUUAUGUAAAAUUUAAUGCUACAGAUUCUGUCCCUAACAAGAUAUCUUAAAUAUCUUACCAAGGCUUUUCGAAAGUGUGGUAUGAGGAAUAUGACACCAUUCAUACCACCAUCUCAUACUCCAGUUUGUAAUGUCAAAAGGUUGUACAUAUUGUUCAAUCAUAAUCGAUUGUUUGUCUUUUUGGCAUAACACUUUUCCAAUAAAAAUUGAACAUUCAAAGUUGAAACCUCAAUUUUACGACUGACCGAGACAGGCAAUUCGAAUUUCUAAUAUUUAACAUUUAAUCUUUAUUAUAAGGUGUAAAAAUUGUAAUAAAUAAUAAUAAAGUUGUUUGGAAUGGUAUUAAUAAAGAAGUAUGAUAAUGGUAUCAUCCGUAAAGACAUAAUAAAUACAUGUAUUUUGUUUCUAGUUAUUACUUGAUUAGUAUAGUUAGUGUAUUAAAACUACACUUAUCUGAUAUUCACUGAUGUUGUUAGAUUCUCGAUUGUUGACUUGUAAUUGUUAAGUGUGUCGUAAUAUGCCUAAUGCUUUGCAUU